GGUGAGCCGGAGGAGUCAGUCAGAGGGGCGAGCAGGAGCGAUUCCGUCGGCAAACAGGUUAUGAGUGCUGAGUGAGCCACCUUUGACACGAGAAACAUCAUCAGCACUUUAUUAUUAGUGAUGGAUACUGAGAAUAAACCUGAGAAUGAUGAGGAUGAAAAUAUAAACAAAGCAGCCAAAGACUUGAGAACUAUUUCACAGGCCCAUAAUGAAGAUUGUGAGCCUGUAUCUGAUGUGAUAGCACAUCCCUCAGAGAAUUCCACUAGCAAAAGAGGUUUUUCAGAAUCAUCCAACUUCGACAGUGUUGUAGAGGAAAACAGAGAUAAACAUGCUUCCAAACGAAUUAAAUUAGAUGAAGCAGAGACCCUUAAAUCUGGAGAGCAGGGCAUUCCUGGACUAGCACCUUCUGAGAGCUCGGUCACAGCAGUAGGGAACCUAUUGGAUGACACAGGGAAGGAGGCAUUCCUGAAUGACUGCUCAGGUGGAGGCACGCAUCCUCCUAAUGCCUUCUCCCCUGCUUGCGGUUUUAGCACUAUUGAGGCUGUUUCUCUGAAAACAGACUCUGGAAACAAGUCUGCUCAAGAAAUGGUUUCCCUUGAUCUGGAAGGAGAAUCUCCUUUUCCCCUGAAGGAAAUUAGUGGUAGUCGUACCAUUGGAAACGUAGACACAGUUCUCAAGUGCUGCAUGUGUGGCCAUUUGUUUUCUUCUUGCUGUGAUUUGGAAAAACAUGCUGAGGGUCAUGUGCAACAGUCUGAGGAAUGUACCUGCUGCCCCUGCAGCCACAGAGCAGAGAGCAGCUCAGCUCUACCUGUGAACGUCCAACAGACACAUGGGCCACAGAAGGUCUUUUCUUGUGAUCUUUGUGGCUUUCAGUGUGUGGAAGAAAACCUGUUGAAUGCACAUUAUCUUGGCAAAACACAUCUCCGGCGUCAGAAUCUUGCUGCUCGUGGAGGAUUUGUACAGAUCUUAACAAAACAACCUUUUCCUAAAAAACCAUGUACCAUAGGAACAAAAAAUGUUGGAGCAAAACCAAGAGCUUCUAAACCGAUAGCAAAGAAUAGUGAUUCAAAAGGAUUACGAAAUAUUGGGAGCAAAUUUAAAGAUUUCAGAGGAAGCAUUUCUAAACAAAGUGGUAGUAGCAAUGAGCUUCUUGUUGAAAUGAUGCCAUCCAGGAAUACUUCGUCAGAAAAACUAGAGAUUGUUGAAGAAAAUGUUACUUCCCUAGGUAUUGCUCAAAAUCCUGAAAACCAGAGGAAAAAGCUAGCAGCCUUAGUAACCACAGAGGGUCUCUUAGAUAAAUUAGAAUCUACCAAAAAUGCCCUACAGACAACACACACUACCAGUACCGCGCUGAGACCAAGACCUGAGCGAAAUAUUCUAAUGUUGGGUAAUAGUUUUCGACGACGAAGUGGUACUUUCACCUUAAAGGGCCAGGCAAAGAAAAGGUUUAAUCUUUUAGGAAUUAAUAAAAGAGUCACAAAUGAAACUCAGAGGAUGUAUACAAAACACUUGAGAAUGCAGAUGAAAACCAGCAAUGCAGAGUCAACUCCUAAACGUGUAGAAAUGAGCAGCAAUGUCCAGAGUCUAUGUAUGACUACCUCAGAAACCCAGGAACCAAAGCAGGACAAGAGAAACUCCCAUCUCCUGGGUUCCAUGCAGCUGGACUCCCUGGCAAUGAAGCCAGCUUCUGACCAUCAGAUGUUGUGUACUUGUACAGAUUGUGGUCAAAUAGCUACAAAUAGGACAGAUUUGGAAAUCCAUGUAAAAAGGUGCCAUGCAAGAGAGAUGAAAUUUUACUGCCAGACUUGUGACUUUUCUAGUAUAUCAAGGAGGGACAUAGAUGAACAUUUACACAAUAACCAGCAUCAGCAACCUGCUUCUGUCCUUAGUUGUCAGUGUUGUUCAUUUAUUUCCUUGAGUGAAAUAAAUCUUAGAGACCACAUGAAGGAAAAGCACAGCAUGGAUUUUCUUUGCAUCCCUUGUAAUCUGUUUUUCUUGUCUGAGAAAGACAUGGAAGAACACAAAACAACCGAGAAGCAUGUUAGUUUAUUGUCUCAACCAAAGACUUCUCAGUCAUUUAACAGUGAUUUGGUUUUACAGACUUUACCUUUAAGUACUUUAGAAUCAGAAAACACAAACGAUUCUGUGAAUGAGUCAGGCAGAACAGCUCAGGAAGGACCUGUUAAGUCCAGGGUAAGCCAUGGAAGUGAAGUAAGGCAUUCAAGUAAGCCUCAGUUUCAGUGCAAGAAAUGUUUUUAUAAAACAAGAUCUUCCACUGUUCUCACAAGACAUAUAAAGCUUCGGCAUGGUCAAGACUAUCACUUUCUUUGUAAAGCAUGUAAUCUUUAUUCAUUGAGCAAAGAAGGAAUGGAGAAGCAUAUUAAGAGAAGCAAACAUCUUGAAAAUGCUAAGAAAAAUAAUAUUGGCCUAAGCUUUGAAGAAUGUAUUGAGAGGGUAUAUAUAGGUGCAAAUGAUAAAAAAGAAGAGUUUAAUAUUUCCGAAAAUGGAAGGAUUGAAGGCCAUGUGGGUGUGCAAUUACAGGAGCAUUCCUAUCUUGAGAAGAGCAUGCUGUCUCCUAAGGAACUGUCACAGUCUGGUAUUAUCACCAAAGGUGAUGAAUUAGCUUUGACCACUACUCCAAAGAGAGGUAGACCUAAAGGUAACAUCUCACGGACAUGUUCACACUGUGGUCUUUUGGCCUCUAGUAUUACAAAUUUGACUGUUCACAUUAGACGAAAACACAGUCACCAGUAUAGUUAUUUAUGCAAAGUGUGUAAGUAUUAUACUGUAACUAAAGGAGAUAUGGAACGUCAUUGUGCCACCAAGAAACAUAAAGGAAGGGUAGAAAUAGAAGCAAAUGGAAAAAAAAGUCUGGAUAUCAUUGUUGGCCCAGAAGGGGGUAAUCUUGAAGCCUGUAAAAAGAACAGCAGUUCCACAGUGAUCAUUUCACAUGAACAUGCUAAUAAGUCAGCUGAGUCAGAUACUUCCAUUUUAGAAAAGCCACUAGUACAUCAUGGAAAUUCAGGUGAAGUCGAAGUUGCAAAUGUUUUUCAUUCUGUAGAUGGGGAAGUUAACAGUCAUCUUACUGAUAAAAAGGAACAAAUCUCUCUAGAGCCAGAGGACCUUCUGUCACAGGGGGAUGCACAUUCCCAGAGAGAUGUUACAGAUCACAGUGACAAUAAAUGUAUACACUGUGAGUUUAAUGCUCACUCUUCUGCUUCUCUAGAGCUGCAUGUAAAACGAAAGCAUACAAAAGAGUUUGAGUUUUACUGCAUGGCAUGUGAUUACUAUGCAGUGACUCGUCGAGAGAUGACCAGGCAUGCAGCAACAGACAAACACAAAAUGAAAAGGCAGUCUUAUCUCAGCUCUUCUAACAUAGAAGCAGGUUCUGCAGAAAUAUCCAAAAACAUUAUACCCGAAGAGGAGCAUCAACAAAAUUCUGAGGAUUUUCAGAUAAAUUCAGACCAACCAUCUGAUACCCUUAAAUCUGGGAAUGCUGCUGAUUGUUCUAUUUUAGAUGAGAACACUAAUUUAGAUAUGCCGAAAGUACUCUGUGCUCCUGACUCUGUGGAAAUUGAGACUGAAGAAGAAUCUAAUUUCAGUGAAGAUCGUUCCUUUUGUGAGACUUUCCAACAGCCUCUCGUCAAGGACAAAGUUAUGAAACCUGAGGAGAUGGUGGCCCUUAAUAUUUCCUCUAAUUACGGCUCCCCAAGCAGAUUUCGAAAUGAAAAUUCAGGAAGCUCAGUUUUGAAUUGUGAGACAGCAAAGAAGAACCACGAUGUGUUGAAUGAUGUUGGUGAUCCAAACAUACAUUGUGUGAGCCAUGGAAGAACAGCAGGAGUGGGUGGAGGUAAAGUACUUCACAGACACAUGUGUCCUGGAGUUCUAGAUGGGGAGCAUUCAGUUGAGAGCACUACUCCUGUUGUGAUGAGAAUUACAAGAGAGGAGCUAAGUCUGGAUUGUGGUGGUCAAAACAAAGUUAGACAUGCACAUAGUUCAGAGGAUUUGAAAAGUGUGCAAGAAGAUUCCGUUUUGGAGAAUAAGGAAAUACUGAUGAAUUCACAGCAUGAAACUGAAAUUAUUUUGGAAGAGGAUGGCCCAGCUUCUGAUAGCACAGUUGAGAGUAAUGAUGUUUAUGAAACUAUAAUCAGUAUUGAUGAUAAAGGGCAGGCCAUGUACAGUUUUGGCCGGUUUGAUUCUUCCAUAAUAAGAAUAAGGAACCCUGAAGAUGGGGAAUUGAGAGACCAGUCUGAAGAGGGCCUGAUAGCAACGGGAGUGAGAAUUAGUGAGUUGCCCUUGAAAGACUGUGCUCAAGGUGUGAAAAAGAAGAAACCCGAAGGCAGUUCCUUUGGCGAAUCCACACGAAUUCGUUGUGAUGAUUGUGGCUUCUUGGCAGAUGGACUGAGUGGUCUGAAUGUUCACAUAGCCAUGAAGCAUCCUACAAAAGAGAAACACUUUCAUUGUUUAUUGUGUGGAAAAUCAUUCUAUACCGAAAGCAACCUUCACCAGCAUUUGGCUAGUGCUGGUCAUAUGAGAAAUGAACAGGCCAGUGUAGAAGAGCUUCCGGAGGGAGGGGCCACUUUUAAAUGUGUCAAGUGUACAGAGCCCUUUGAUUCUGAACAGAAUUUAUUUCUACAUAUUAAAGGACAGCAUGAGGAAUUGCUGCGGGAGGUGAAUAAGUAUAUAGUGGAAGACACUGAGCAAAUCAACCGCGAGAGAGAGGAAAACCAGGGAAAUGUUUGCAAAUAUUGUGGGAAGAUGUGUCGAAGUAGCAACUCGAUGGCAUUUCUGGCUCACAUUCGCACUCAUACAGGAUCAAAACCAUUCAAGUGCAAGAUAUGCCAUUUUGCAACAGCUCAACUUGGAGAUGCCAGAAACCAUGUGAAAAGGCACCUUGGGAUGAGAGAGUACAAGUGUCAUGUCUGUGGGGUUGCUUUUGUAAUGAAGAAGCACUUAAAUACUCAUCUACUAGGCAAGCAUGGAGUUGGCACCCCAAAAGAAAGGAAAUUUACAUGCCACUUAUGUGAUAGAAGUUUCACAGAGAAGUGGGCCCUGAACAACCACAUGAAACUCCACACAGGAGAAAAGCCAUUUAAGUGUACCUGGCCCACGUGCCAUUACUCAUUCCUCACGGCCUCCGCAAUGAAAGACCACUACAGGACGCACACAGGCGAGAAGUCGUUUCUGUGUGACCUCUGUGGCUUUGCCGGCGGGACCCGGCACGCCCUCACGAAGCACCGCAGGCAGCACACAGGAGAAAAGCCUUUCAAAUGUGAUGAGUGUAACUUUGCCUCCACAACCCAGUCCCAUUUGACUCGGCAUAAACGUGUGCACACUGGAGAAAAGCCCUACAGAUGCCCCUGGUGUGACUACAGGUCAAACUGUGCUGAAAAUAUCCGCAAACACAUUUUGCAUACUGGCAAGCAUGAAGGAGUCAAGAUGUACAACUGCCCCAAGUGUGACUACGGGACAAACGUUCCUGUGGAAUUCCGAAACCACUUGAAAGAACAACAUCCUGAUAUUGAAAACCCUGACCUCGCUUACCUGCAUGCUGGCAUUGUUUCCAAGUCCUACGAAUGCCGUCUGAAGGGACAAGGAGCCACCUUCGUGGAGACAGACAGCCCCUUCACUGCGGCCGCGCUGGUGGAGGAGUCUCCGGUCCAGGAGAAAUCCCCUCGGCACCGCAAGCGGCAGGCCCAGCCCCCCGAGCAGGCGCAGCAGGUCAUCAUCAUCCAGGGCUACCAUGGAGAGUUUGCCCUGGACGCCUCCGUGGAGGAGACGGCUGCCGCCACGCUGCAGACACUGGCCAUGGCCAGCCAGGUGGCCAGGGUGGUGCACAUCACCGAAGACGGGCAGGUCAUCACCACCAGUCAGAGCGGGGCGCACGCGGGCGGCGUGGUGCCCGGGCCCAUCCUGCCCGAGCAGCUGGGGGAGGGAGCCACGCAGGUGGUCGUCGUGGGUGGUUCCAUGGAAGGUCACAGCAUGGAUGAGUCCCUCAGCCCUGGCGGUGCUGUGAUACAGCAGGUGACCAAGCAGGAGGUUUUGAAUCUGUCGGAGGCUGGGGCCCCUCCCCACGACGCGUCCUCAGCCCUGGAUGCGCUGCUGUGUGCAGUCACUGAGUUAGGCGAGGUGGAGGGCAGGGCUGGGCCCGAGGAGAAGGGCAGGCCUAGCCCCAAGGACCUGCUGAUCCAGCUGCCCGGCCAGGAGGCGUCCCACAUGGCCACCGCCCCGGAGGCCCCGGAGAUCCAGGUGUUCCGAGAUGCUCAGGAGAGCCCGGCCGCUGUGGAAGUGCUGACCCAGGUCGUGCGCCCUGGGGCUCUCCUUGCCCCCCAGGAUCGCGCACAGGUGGCUUUCAAAAAGGUGGUCCAGGGAGUGCUCCAGUUUGCCGUGUGCGACACAGCUGUGGCUGGCCAGCUCAUCAAAGAUGGAGUCACGCAGGUCAUCGUGAACGAGGAGGGUGCUGUGCACAUGGUGGCCGGGGAGGGCUCUCAGAUCGUCAUGCAGGGGGCCGAAGCCCGAGGACUGCGGGUGCAGGACGCGCACGUGGGCCUGCUGGAGCCCGGCAGCGACAUCUCGCAGAUCAUCGUGACGGAGGAGUUAGUGCAGGCCAUGGUCCAAGAGUCCAGCAGCAGCUUCCCCGAGGGGGCCACGCAUUACAUCGUGACCGAGUUGCCUCCGGGUGUGCAGGACAAUGCUGGCAUGUACUCCCACACUGUGAUAGAGGCGGCGGACUCUCAGGAGCUCCUGCAGGCCGGGGCCGCACUGGGCGCUGAGGCCCUGGCCCCAGGUGGUGCAGAACAGUUGACCAGCAUGGUCAUUUACACCCAGGACGGCUCCCCGGCAGCGACGGUAAUUCAGAGCCAAAGAGAAAGCAGCGAACUGCAGGAAGCGUGAGGCGCGCGUGGUCACUGGGGCCCAGAGCAGGUGGGCGGGUCCAGUCUGUGCCGGCUGUGCUCCCUGAACAUCCUUCCUAGCCCUCCAAAGUGACGGCGACGUGCGCUACCAUGACGGCGCGGACGGCGGUUAGCCCGGGCGUGCGAGCGAGAGCGCGCUGCGGGGGCAGCGGGAAGGCCGGGCUCGGUGCUGGCAGGCCGCAGGGCCUGUGCGCAUCGGAUCCUGUGCCCCUCGGGUCUUUCCUUAAUGGCCUUUCCUCCCGUGUGCUGAGAAGCUAAAUUAGUCUGUUGGUUCUUUCCCCCCACAGGUGUUUUCCCACUUCAGUUCUCAAAAAUCAUGCCCCAGGGGUGGAAAAGUAAGAACGUAUCUUGAGGCUUGGGAGCAUCAGCUCUUGCAGACCAGCAUGUAACUGUUUUAACAUUUUAUUAUAUAUUUGGUGGAAAAUUUCGGCUACAAUUAUUACCAUCUUGAAGUAGCUCCCUCCCAUUGUUUUAUUAUUUUUUUUCUUUGAAAUUUUAAGAUAACAUUGUUCCUAAACCAAAGGAUGCCUGUUAGUUCAUUUCAUGUAUAAGUUUCCUCUCUUCACACAUUUUAGGUGUAUUCAUUGCUCUGGUUGCAUUCUGCAUAACCUGUGGUUAAGAAAAGCCUCGAAGUUUAUAUUCAAUUAAAAUAUAUCUUGGUUAAGACAACCCACUGCUUCUAAUUUUGACUUAGUUUCAUACGGUAAAGUAUAUAUGAAAUGUGCACUCUGGAAAAUAUUGUUCAUAUCGAUAAUUUGCUUUUUAUAACAAAGGUUUGUUUGUAUUGAUAUCAUUUUUGCAGGAUUUAUUUGAGAUUUAUGUCAGCAUGAAAAAGCUGACAUUAAACAUUAACAGACAAACUGCCCUGUAGCCCUUGCCUCGACCUGCAUUGUGUGUUUAGCUGUGGAUUCACUGCAACUGUCGAAUGCAAGUUUAUGUUGCAAUAAUUUGUUUCUUGAAACGAUUGCUCUUAUUUCUUUUCCAAAAGUGUAUAAUAAUCCCCUCCCUCAAAUGCAAAGUUUGUUUU